AUGACCCUCUAUAACAGCCCUAGGCAUGUACCAGCUAAAAUACCCAGUUACAUGUCUAUCCCCUGGUUUCUCUAUCUCUCGAAUAAGAUCCACUACAACCGGCUGGCCGUUUUGCUCUGGAACGAAUCCAGCCUAGCUUGUUCGCCAAACCACCUUCAUAAACUGUUCACCAAUGGUACAAUCGACCUCUUGCAGGCAGUUCGCAUAGACAACCAUGAAUACUCUCAGGUUCAGCCGAGCCAAUGCUCCUUCGGACGAAAAAACGAGACUGGCAAUAUCGGAGGGCCCUUCGAAAUAGCCAGGACAGCGGAAAGUGAUGAAUCCAAAGGUUCAUUCUCAGUUCCAAGGGGCAUAAAUCUGCGAAUCGACACAGAGCAGAUAUUUCCAGGUAUGUGCAUAGUGCUGCUUUCUGCUAAGCCAUCUUUUCCCAGUGUCUAA